AUGAGUGAAACUAAAUCAAAGGACAGCUAUCAAAAAUAGAACCUCAUCGUUGUUGGCCAGCAUUACGUAUUGAAAACCUGCAUCUACAGAGGCAAGAAACAUAACUGGUAUUUGGGUACUCUUUAUACAUUUAUACUUUUAUAUUCGCAGCCCUCAAUCAAGCUCAGCCAGGUAACUACUUCAUAGUGAGAUUGGUAAUGUAAAUAAUUCUUUAAAUUUUAUUGUUAGUUCAUUUACCUGAUA